AUGACUUUAAAACUUCACGGAGCCUUCACUGCUCUCGUGACUCCAUUCACAGAUGACGGAAGCGCGGUAGACUACGCUCAAUUGCGAGCGCUUGUGGAAUGGCAGAUCCAGGAGGGUAUCAACGGCCUUGUUCCGAUGGGUACAACAGGUGAAUGUCCAACGGUCACGCACGAUGAGCAUGAUCGCGUAAUUGCUGAGGUGGUGGCCGCUGCCAAUGGCCGCGUGCCUGUUAUUGCUGGCACGGGCUCCAACAAUACUGCCGAGGCGUUGCGCCUCACGCGUGCUGCGAAAGAGCACGGUGCCGACGCCUGCUUGGUGGUGUGCCCCUAUUAUAACAAGCCUACGCAGAAAGGCUUGUAUGCUCAUUUUAAAGCUAUAGCCGACGUAGGUCUACCCGUAGUAGUGUACAACAUUCCAGGCCGUACCAAUGUCAAUCUGACGCCACAGACGAUUGCUGAGCUCUACAAGCUACCAAACAUUGUUGCUAUCAAAGAAUCCACCGGAUCGCUGGACCAAGCUAUGGAGAUUGCUGCAUUGUGCGACAUAACCAUCUUGUCGGGUGAUGACAACCUGACUCUACCACUCAUGGCUGUGGGUGCCACAGGAGUCAUUAGUGUGCUAUCCAAUGCAUCUCCUAAGAAGGUUUUGGCCAUCACUGACUCAAUGCUAAAAGGUGAUUACGCCGCUGCUCGCAAAGCUGCUUUGGAAAAUACAUUUCUUGUAAAGUCCCUUUUCGGCGAGGCCAAUCCACAGCCUAUCAAGAAGCUGCUGCAACUAAUGGGAAAGUGCUCGCCUGCUGUGCGUGCUCCGCUGGUGGAGUGUGAGCCUUCAACUAUUGAAAAUCUUACCAAAUUGGCCAGUGAGCACCAGCUGAUAUAG